AUGCAACUUCACAAAGAGCUCUAUUACAAGCUUCAGCACCUCGAGGCGCACCAUAGUGUGUUGCCGCAGGCUAGGGACGUCCUGAUUUCGUUGUUUUCUGAGACUCUUGAGCAGGCAUGUAAGGCACCAAAUACCGGGAUCCUAUCGAUCGAGCAGUACUCACGAGAUGCGUUGCUGGAAUUCCAACAAAGAGAAGACAAUAAAGUCAUGGACCUGUGGGAACAAUAUUUAGCUAGAAGGAGGGCUAAAGGACCAAGAGAGAUGUUUUCGACGAGAGAGGAAGCUAAGUGGUGGCUUUUGCAAAGCUCGCCGGUGAAAUAUGUCGAUGGGGCUUGGUUGGGACACAUAAACAAGAUAACCACUCCGUUUGGUCUUCGUCGGGUGGUGAAAAAUGCAUGGCAGGUACUUUCGGAAGAGCUUGGGGAUGGAGACCUUGAAAAGAACCACGUUUAUCUUUACCGUCAACUCAUGGAAACCGUGGAGCCUGGGUUUCCAGCUGGUGACGAUAUCGAUUUUAUAGAUCCCCGGCACGGGUUAAAUGAGUAUGGGGUCUGGAAAGCCGCGAUCGCACAAUUGUUGAUCUCGCUUUUCCCGCAUCAAUUUUUACCAGAAAUAAUCGGAUUUAACAUGCAUUACGAAGCCAUGGCACUGGAGACAUUGAAGGUUUCUAAAGAGCUAAAAGAACUGGGAUACGACCCAUAUUAUUUCGUUCUUCACAUUUCAAUCGACAACGCGGACUCCGGUCAUACCGCAAUCGCCCUUGAAACCGCUAUGGAGUAUCUCGAGUUAAUUCAGAAACGAGAUGGAGACGCUGCCGCAAAACAUACUUGGAAGCGUAUUCAAGUUGGUUAUAUUCUCUCGAAAGGUCUCCCAACGGCCCCUGUCUGCCCGAAGUUCAGGACACUCAACACUGUUUUACCCACAGAGCGGGAGAUAUUUCCUCGCAAUUCACUAGAGGCAGAGGUGAUCCGAAUCUUCAAAGCUAAAGCUCUAGUUUCGCAAAAGAUACAUUGCAACAGCAAAAUCAAAUUUGGAGGCCGUACAAUUACUGAAUGGUUGAUACCAAAUGGAUUGGAGUCGCAGCAACAUCAAAUACAGUUCCUAGAUGCGCUUAGCAAUGCUGAACCGUGGAUAUUCAAGGGGGACAGUGAUAAGAGCCGACUCAUGAAAGAGCUUUCCUGGCAAGGAAGAAUGUUCGGCUCUUUCACGCAGUCGGAAGUCCUCGCGGUAAAGAGAUGGAUCGAUUCCUUGGGAGGAACCGGCUUCGUUUCAGACCCAGCUUAUUACUGGAGUUUUAUAAACGAGUCUGAAAUAUCCUCCAACAAAGCUUUCAAAAGCCUCGAUAUCAGGGUGCAUCACCCGGUGUUUUCACAGCUUCCAGCUAACAAUAUUUUAGCACAACUUUUGCCUUCAACAACUCACCUCCCAAGAGCGUCGAGGAUUGAGACGACAGUUCCAGCGAAUUGGGAAAGGUUUUUCCCACUGUGGUUUACCCACCCUUGCCUCCUCGAACAUUUUAUUUGCAUACCUGCGCAAACUACGACCCCGAUGGCAUGCUCUAUUAUUCGAGUGCUACGUGCUCAGUCAGGCUUUGGGCCAGAGGAUUCCAUGGUUGCUGGCAUGGAUGAAGUCCGGCGCAAGGAAAGCAUUGGGCUUGUUGAGUUAGGCCUCGAAAUGGUCAAGUUCUCUGGAUCCAUGGAGCCAACAUGCCUUAAAGAUGUUCUGGAAACUUGGAAGUCGGAUUUUGGGCUUUUGAUGCUCCAUUUAUGUCAACGUCCAAUCGAAAAUACUGGGCUCCUGUUGGGGCUUGCUAUGGCGUUUGUGGAUUUACACGACGCCGUUGCUUUGUCGCCAAUCCUACUCUCUAACGAUAGCCGUCGCCUAUUACAUGAUAUCGCAAAACGGGAGAGAGACAAUUUGGACCUCUGUCUCCAAGAGCUGGAAAGUACACCCCCCCGGUUUUUGGACUUCUGCCGCGGAUAUCAUCUUGGACGUGCAGAAAUUGAUAGGUGCUUCCUCUAA